AUGUCCUUCCAGGGCAAGAAGAGCAUCCCCCGGAUCACGAGUGACCGCCUCCUGAUCAAAGGUGGGAAGAUUGUGAAUGACGACCAGUCCUUUUAUGCUGAUUUGUAUGUGGAAGACGGUUUGAUUAAACAAAUUGGAGAAAACCUCAUUGUCCCUGGGGGCAUUAAAACCAUUGAUGCCCAUGGCCUCAUGGUCCUGCCUGGCGGAGUCGAUGUCCACACGAGACUGCAGAUGCCUGUCCUGGGCAUGACGCCGGCUGAUGACUUCUGUCAAGGCACCAAAGCAGCCCUGGCAGGAGGGACCACCAUGAUACUGGACCACGUGUUCCCGGACACGGGGGUGAGCCUGCUGGCAGCCUACGAGCAGUGGCGGGAGUGGGCGGACAGCACAGCCUGCUGUGACUACUCUCUGCAUGUGGACGUGCCCCGCUGGCACGAGAGCACCAAGGAGGAGCUGGAGGCCCUGGUCAGGGACAAGGGUGUGAACUCCUUCCUGGUCUUCAUGACAUACAAGGACAGGUGCCAGUGUACUGACGGCCAGAUGUAUGAGAUCUUCAGCAUCAUCCGGGACCUGGGAGCGGUGGCCCAGGUGCACGCAGAGAACGGGGACAUCGUGGAGGAGGAGCAGAAGCGCCUGCUGGAGCGAGGUAUCACCGGCCCCGAGGGCCACGUGCUCAGCCACCCCGAGGAGGUGGAGGCCGAGGCUGUGUACCGAGCUGUCACCAUCGCCAAGCAGGCCAACUGCCCACUGUAUGUCACCAAGGUGAUGAGCAGGGGUGCGGCUGAUGUGGUCGCCCAAGCCAAGCGCAGGGGAUUGGUUGUGUUUGGGGAGCCCAUCGCUGCCAGCCUGGGCGCUGACGGCACACACUACUGGAGCAAGAACUGGGCGAAGGCUGCGGCAUUUGUCACCUCACCCCCUAUCAACCCGGACCCCACCACUGCAGACCACCUCACCUCCCUGCUCUCCAGUGGGGACCUCCAGGUGACGGGCAGUGCCCACUGCACCUUCACCACUGCCCAGAAGGCUGUUGGCAAAGAUAACUUCACGCUGAUCCCYGAGGGCACCAACGGUGUGGAGGAGCGUAUGUCUGUAGUCUGGGAAAAAUGCGUGGCCUCCGGGAAGAUGGAUGAGAACGAAUUUGUUGCUGUGACCAGUACAAAUGCUGCCAAAAUCUUCAAUUUUUACCCAAGGAAGGGGCGCGUGGCUGUAGGCUCUGAUGCUGACCUGGUGAUCUGGAACCCCAGGGCCUCGAAGAUCCUGUCUGCCAAGAGCCACAGCUCGAACGUGGAGUACAACAUCUUUGAAGGAUUCGAGUGCCGAGGAGCCCCCUCCGUGGUCAUAAGUCAGGGCAGAGUGGUGCUGGAGGACGGGAACCUGUUUGUCACCCCGGGGGCUGGCCGCUUCAUUCCUCGGAAAACAUUUCCAGACUUCGUCUAUAAGAGAAUAAAAGCUCGCAACAGGCUGGCAGAGAUCCAYGGUGUGCCCCGGGGCCUCUAUGAUGGACCAGUCCAUGAAGUGAUGGUGCCUGCCAAGACAGGAGGUGGCACCCAGGCCCGCGCAUCCUGCCCAGGCAAGGUCUCCGUGCCCCCCGUGCGCAACCUGCACCAGUCGGGAUUCAGCCUGUCUGGGUCGCAGGCCGACGAUCACAUCGCCAGGCGCACAGCCCAGAAGAUCAUGGCGCCCCCCGGUGGACGCUCCAACAUCACCUCUCUCUCUUAG